AUGAAUGAAGUCAGUGACGAAGAUCCUCUUGGAAAUGGGACAAUCGGAACUAAGUAUUUUUGGAAAUAUCCAAUAAAGCAUGAUAUUAGAUCUGAAGAUGAUACUAUUAAGGACUGCACGGAUCGUUUACCUCAUACACUUACUGUUCGCAAUUUUGAUAUUUUUUGCUUCAUCUUCUCAGCUGCCUCAUAUUUGGCCGAUAUUAGCAGUGACGCUACAACUGCUUAUGUUCAUUAUUGUGAACAUCGAUGGAUUGACGAUGUUUCUGCACACGCUGUGCAACGAGGGAUGAAGCACGCUUACUCAAAAGAGUUAAUUUUUCGCAUUGUUAUUUGUCUUCUGCAGGUCAAUCCAGUAAUCUCUUAUGUGGAAGCAAUUUUAGCCGCAAUAAAAUUUCGAGUGGCUAAAAAGAGAAGUGAAAAGUUGUCUUCAUAUAUGACUAUGAUUCAGGCAGGAAGGGAUGCGGCUUUGUUAAGAUUUUUUGAAGCUUUUUUGGAAUCAGUACCUCAGAUGCUUGUUCAAGGUGUUGCACUGGUUCAUGCAUUUUAUUCACUCAAUCCAUCGAAUAAUUUUCCUAAAUGGAGUAUGUUUUCACCUCUAGCUUAA